AGUCAGCGCUGAGCACAAUACUGUCACUUUACGUGGGAAUGGACUUUUCUGCCACGAUGGGGAGUUUUCAUAUUCAACCAACACAAGUUUAGGAGUCUCUCUUUGCCUGAACAAUAGCUCUAAAGUGAGCAGACAAUCACUGCAGCGCGUUAACGGGUUUGUAUCUCCGCGUGCUUUUAUUCAGGAUGUCAGGUCUGUUGAAAAGCCGGUAACGAUACAAAGUGAGUUUGCUGAAUGUUCAGCAUCACACAAAAGGGAUCGACGACGGAGCUGAGCGAUUUAGACAAGUGCCAUUUCACUUUUGCAUGUAAUAAAGAAACAGCGGGGGCAUUUUUGUUUUGCGUGUUUGACAAAAUGGAACAUUUAGCAGCAGAGUGCCUUGUGUCUAUGUCCAGUCGCGCAAUUGUUCACGGUCCUAAAGGGAACAGGGAGAUCCGACCCGAAACUGCGGCUGCACCCAGGAAUGGAGAAGAGACCAAGGAAGCGCUGGUGAAGGACAACUCUUCUCUUUUUGUUGUGGCCCGAAUUCUGGCGGAUUUCAAUCAGCAGAGCCCUACUAAUUUCGCCGAGCAGGCAAAAACGAAAGAAGAGAGCAUGCCACCAACCCCGACGCGAGAGGAUGGAAACUCUGCCACACCUACCGCCGUCCCUACCGACUCUGCCCUUAAACAAAGAGGCAAGCGAUGGAGGGCUCGCGCUGAGCAGGACUCCCCGCAGAAAAAGCACAAAUGCCACUAUCCUGGCUGCGAAAAAGUUUAUGGCAAAUCGUCACAUCUCAAAGCUCACCUAAGGACACAUACAGGAGAACGACCCUUCCCGUGCACCUGGCCUGACUGCAGUAAGAAGUUUGCCCGCUCGGACGAGCUGGCGCGCCACUACCGCACACACACGGGAGAAAAGAAAUUCGGCUGCCCACUGUGCGACAAGCGCUUUAUGCGCAGCGACCACCUAAUGAAGCACGCUCGCCGCCACUCCGACUUCCAGCCAGCCAUGCUGAAGAGGCAGCAAGGAAGCAACGGCACGCUGAACGCAGUGAGCAGCACACGGCCCGGAUCGCUGAGCGACUACAGCCGCUCGGAUGCCUCCAGCCCCACACUCAGCCCCACACUCAGCCCAGCCAACUCGCCUUAAACCCGCCUGCACUUUCCGCCCUCUGCCCAAUGCAGCUCAGUGCUGUUUUUUUUUUUUACUCAAAUUCUUUUCUGUCAAAAGUAGUGAUGUUGCACACUUGUUUGCCGCCACCUCUCUUUGCUAAUCCUUUCGCUUGCUGUGGUGUACUCUACUGUACAUAACUGCUUCCUGUAGUGCAAUUUUUUUCUCGCCAACUUCAUAAAAGAGAAAAACAGAAAACAGAGAAGAAAAAUGCCUUUUCCAGAUGGCAAUAUUUACAUGAUGUACCAUAUGUCUGUAUUUUUUUUUAUAGCCUCUGGCCUCAGCCAGUUUCCAUUGUAUUUUGUUGCUCUCUUUGAUCAAAUCUGUUCAAGUGAACAAAUAUGUAGACACAGUUAACAAGUAUAAUUUUUUUCCCUCUCUUUGUUUUAUUUAUGACGGGUUAGGGGGAGUGGCGCUCACACACACCUCAGGAUUCUAGACAGUUGUUUUCUUUCCUUCUCCUUUAAUAUUCACACUGACUGCACAAUACAAGCAUCACUUUACUCUGAAAUUCAACAGGGGUUGAAUUUUGUGCCCUGCUCAGGGAUGGCCUUGUUAGCUUGAAAGAAUGAACAUGAAGAGAAAACAUACAUAAAACAGCCUUACACUCAACAAAAAAAAAAAAAUUGCACUCUUCCUUUUGUCUUUUUUAUUGGUUUUCACUUCAGGUGAAACUAAUACUAGGUUUAACAGUCAUUAAAACUCAAUAUCUGAUCCGGCUGUAAGACGUGGUACCCCAGAUAGGGACUAGAAUGGAGUGGAAGUCAUUGUGUAUUGAGACUGGAAGUAACUCUUUUUGUUUUUAACAUUGAUAUCUCUAAGACUCUUUUUCCCACAAAACUGUGAGGGUUGUUCUGGUUGGUCCUCAUAUUAAAGGCUAUGUUAUAGUGGCAUAAAUCAGAUUUUUUGGUCUAGAUCUGACUUGUUCAAAUCUGCAUGAAGAGAAGAAAAAGGUUUUGAAAUCAGAUUCAAGCCGCUAUAUAUAUAUAUAUAUAUAUAUAUAUAUAUAUAUAUAUAUAUAUAUAUAUAUAUAUAUAUAUAUAUAUAUAUAUAAUGAUUAUUUAAUGAUUUGUUGUUUGUUUUUUCAUUACUUCACUGCACAUGUUUGUGUAACUUCGUGGCGCAAUUAUGGUGGAUCAUCCUCAUGAUGUUAUUGAUUUCAUAAAUAUGUGCAUGUGCCACAAUUUCGGGGCAGAGCUUUGUUCACACAGUAAGGACAGAUAUAGGUCACAUACGAACCAUCAAGGGCAAAAAAUCGGAUUUGAGCCAUGAGGCUUGUAGUAUGAACAUUGCUACAGAAAAUCCCUACAUUGUGUGAAUGUAGGCAAUAAAACUGCCAUUACAUGCACCACCUUCUCAAUGAGGAGAAUAGAUCCCUCUGCUCUCCUUACAGGACUGAACCAAAUCCCCUAAAAUGUGGAGGAUAAAGUUUCAAAGCAGCAGCACUGCACCAUAAAGACUGCACAUGCAUCAGGUUUUUUUCCACAACAGUACAGGUUAAAUACACAUAGCAACGGACUUGGAUCCCUUUGAUUGCUUUGUUGUUUUUUUUAAAAAAGAGAAUUAAAAGGAAAAGGAGACAAGAAGAAACCACCAAAGACUAGAAGGUGUGAAGGUGAGAAUAGGAAAGCUUUUCUGCCAGUGAUAUCCAGAGCUGUGGGAAGGACGAUACAUUGGCAGUCUCAGGUAACGACAGAUGCCUCAGCCAUGUGACCUUACCCACCUUACUCACUGCCACCUGCCACUUAGGAAACGGCUAUGUUCAAAACUAGGCUUUUCAUAGCAUGCUUGAGAGCAAUGGCGCUAUCCUCAGCCUGCCUCACUCACUCCUCCUAGAAAGAGGCAGACAGUGAGAGGAUGGAUGAAGUGCUGAAGGGUGUCCCCAGGGUCUUUGCACUGGCAGGCUAAAUACAGCCUGGAAGACUGCAGGUCUUCAGAGAGGAGUAAGCUGGAAACUGGGCUGGGUUGCUGGGGCGGUAAUGGGAGACUGAAGCUUGACUAAAGAACAAAAGCAGCUAUCUGGAUGAGGCAGGAAAGAAAGAGCUAACCCCAAGGGAGCAAGAUAAAGACAUGGGCUUUAUCAUAAGCUGAACAGUUCAGCCAAAGAGACAGCCAGUCAUCUAUCCCCUCUGGCUCUUGGACUGGAACGCAGCCCUCCACUCCCAUGCGUGCUGCUCUCUUCCUGCCCACCCGCUAAGCGCUAACGGAAGAAGGAGCAUCCCGUAUUCUUUCAGUGUUCUGCAAAUGGCGCAGGGUGGUGGAUUUCCUCUGACUGGAUGGCACUCAAAUUUGAGGACAUUGGAUUUCACAAGAAAGGAAGUUGAGCAAAGGAGUUCGUGAACAAUAAGAAUGCUUAUGGUAUCAGUUCAAAUUUCAAGCAUUUCCUGUCAGAUCUGGAGUGCUAAAUCCUUGGAGAAGAAAAGACAGAUAAAUGUACUGCUUUUCCAGUACUAAGACCUUUCAGACUUUACUCAGACACAUCUUUAUUUUUUCUUUGAACGGCUGCAUUCAAGACAGUUGUAUAGAUCAGAAUCAAAUGAUGAGGCAAGGCAGCACACAGCUGUAAGUCUCUAUGGACUUUUUACGUUCUUUGCGUAUCCAGACCUCUACACAGACUUCUUUACUGUUGCAGAGACACUGAUUCAGUCAGUGUUGCUGCUAAACACAUUACCUCAAUAUACCAUUGUAGCAGCUGCUUUCAAACUUGAUCCUCGUUAAACAGGGGCAUUAGACUCAUGAAAUAUUGUUGCUACCAAAUUCAUGCAAUAACAAAUACAUAUCAUUUAAACAAACAGCAGUUUACCGUCCGUUGCUUGCUGAAGCUUGGGAAGAUGAAGGACUCAUGUGAGAAAGUGGUCUCAUGUUUCUAAAAGCCAUUUCUCACAGCUAUGCCUCAUCAGCUCAGGCCAGAAGCUCAUAAAACUUGCCAUGAAUAGAGGCACCACUGUCUAAACUAUUUUGGCACUUGUUUCACACACACAUGCACAUACUUACACACUGAAGCGCACGCUCAUUCACCCAUCUCACACAUGUCAAGUCACUUUCACAUGCUCUUUGUUAUUCUUGUCUCACUUGUCUUGCACAUGCUUAUUCCCAUUGACUCGUAUCACCUCAAGGAGGGAGAUGGAACUAGGGCACUAUGGCACUACCCAGCUGGGGAUGUGGCAUCCCUGGACUGCAGGAGCAGGUGAAGGCCUGUGAAUACCAGGCCUUGUCCCUCUCUUCACCCUCCCUCCUCCUGUCUUUCUCCUCCCUUCCCUUCCCUUCCUUCCCUUCCCCCAGGGCCUCGCAGCCAGAGGCUUUCAAAACAGCACACAUAAUCAAAGCUUUCUCUCUUCUCUCUCUCUCUCUCUCUCUCUCUCUCUCUCUCUCUCUCUCUCUCUCUCUCUCUCUUGCUCUCUCGCUCUCUCGCUCUCCCUAAAGAAAAUGCCCAUAACAAAAUGAAACAGCAUCACACGUGCAUCUGCAGCAAGGCCACACUUUAUGCUUUAUCACUAUUAGGUCAUUUUUAACGGUGUUCGAAUCAAAGUGUCAACCAGUUCCACUCUGUUUUAGCUAACACUGGAACACUAAUUUAGUAAGUACUAAUUAGCUAAAUGCCCUCCAGGCUCACCUGUCAUUAGCCAACCCAAAAGAAGAGAUAAUAACACCUUUCCAUUCACAUUGCUGACAUAUGCACACCAUAAGCUUUUACUCAUGCCACCAUAGAGCUGUGUGUUGCAGUGUAUUGGAAGUGCUGUAGGUCAUCUCUGUUUUCUUUACUGUUGGUUAGAGAACACGAUGACUUCUCGUCUCUCUCUAAACUCUCCUCUGUCCAAAAUGGAAAAAUAAUCAGUAGCAUAUUUAAAUAGCACCCAAGAAUAUGACUGGUCUUGAAAUUGUUCUCUGGUGAGAUGUAAUGUAAUGAGUAAAAUGUUUCCAGUCUCUGCAAUCCACUUUAGUCAGCUGUUACAGGUCAGAGUGAGACAUGCAUUUUCUUUUGCUCCAUAUAUUCACUGUACUGAAACGACUUGAAUCAGAAAUGAGACCAUUGAAAAUAGAUUGUGGCAUGUCUAGGGUAAAACUGUACUUGCUCUGUCCUUAGCUUACAAUUCAACUUCAUGUGAUUAUAGAUCAUAGAUGUAUUCAUCAGGCUUUGUUUAUUUGUAAUAUAUAUUUCUGUGUUGUGUUUUUUUAAAUUUUAUUAUUAUUAUUAUUAUUAUUAUUAUUAUUAUUAUUAUUAUUAUUAUUAUUAUUAUUAUUAUUUCCAUUUUCUGAAUGAUGAAAGCAUAUUUAGUCCACAUUUUUCCUGAUUAUUGUUAAUUUUUUUUAUGUUUUAAUCUUAGUUCCUUCUUUAUGCAGAGACACUGAAUCUUUGUUAUAAGCAGGAUAUAGUGUUUUUUUUUUUCCUUUAAAGGUUAUGGAGAGAAGCAGGAGUAGGGGGUUAACUUUUCUAAGGCUAAUCUUUUCUUCUUUAAUGCCUUGCACAUGAUUGGUAUAAUUAGCUUCAAUUUCAAAUGACACAUAAACAUAGAGACCAUAGCAUUGUGAAUAGUUAGUGUAGUCCCAUGCUAUUAUUAUUGUUACAUUUUUAUUAUUCUCUCCUUGGUUAUAGAUUGUGUUACUCAUAAUGUUUUUUCCAAACUUGUACUUUACAAAGCAACUCAGAAGGUUAUGAAGUAUGAAGUAUUUUGUUAUUAGAGUGGUAUAACUGAAAUAAUGGGCCAACUAUCAUGUCAACAUUACCUGAUUCGUUAAUAUUCAUUAACUGUAAAGUUGAAAAAGAAACUUUUCAUGAAGUCCUUUCAUGUUAAUCAUGAAUCACAUUUAACUAUACAAAUGUCCCCAAAUAAGCAUAAUUUAUUUUCUAUUUGUUGCCAGAACUAUACUAAUCAAAAGUAGUAGAUUUUGAUUUUGGGAAAUGUAACUAAUAUUUUUUAAAUAGCACAUUAGCUUUGAUAAUAAGUGCCAAAGGCAUUAAAGUAGCAAUUCCAGGAGAAACCCUUAGAAAAUUAAUGCGUAUUCCAUAAUAGAUGACAUUAACUAAAUAACCUUGUACAGUUUUCUAUGAGUGAUGUGUUUUUAAGUACGUGUACAGGACUGAAUGAUGUUCAUUAGAUACCCAAGUAUUUUUUAUGUUUAGCUCUUUUUUUUUUCUUUUGGUGUGACAUUAAUGUAGCUUUAUGUUGGUUUUUGUCUGAUUAUAUUGCUUUCUUAAUUUGUCUUAUGCUGUACAAUUUAGAACAUACAAGGCUAAUUAUCCUAAACUCUUGGACGCUAUUAUUGUUAUAUUAAUCAGAAGUGAAAACCCAACCAUUCCAAAGGAUUGCAAUUUCAUUUGCUGUAAAUGUGCUGCUUGUAUCAAACCAAUGCAUAGAAGUUACAUUACUUUUAUGUAUUUAUUUUAUGUUCUGUUUUGGACUGUGAUGUAUUUUAUUGAGAUACAUUUGUGACAAGUUAAUUUGGGUACUUUUCUUAACAUUGCUCCUACUUUUCUUUCCUGCUGUUUUGACAAUGCGCUUAUACUAUAUUUGAUGGUGCCUACUGGACAAAAUAGACACAACCAUUCAUGUUGGGACAGAAUAAGCAGUAAACCCUGAGACUCUCGUAAAAGGGAUUUUGCAAGCCUGCUUGCUUGUGUACGUGCAGGUGUGCAUAUUAUUUUGUAGCCAAGUGAAAGACAGACAUGCAAAACAGGAGUUAGGCCCAUGGAACUGUUGCAUGGAACAUGGGCCAAACUGGUACAAAGCACCUGCCACUUGAGCCAUAAAGCAAAUGAACCCACACUGUACAAUUAAUUGAAGUUCAUCACUGGGUUCCUGUAACUAGAGCCUCACUGGGUUGUCACCAAAGACCACUAGAGUGGAUGAAUGUGGGGAUGUUUGCAUUUGCGUUAGCUGGAAUUCAGGCUGCCAUUUCACAAAGCACAUUAGAGUACUUUCAACUGAAAGGAAAAAAUGUUUAUCCUUCAAAUCAUAUGACUCAUUGGGUUAUUCCCAAAUGUGUCUGCCAGAAAGUUCAGGAAACAAAAGAGACCCUUUCAGUUAUGAACAAAGCCACGGUAAACCUAAUGGCUUGCUCAAUGUGUCAAUUGUCCCAGCAACACAUACCUGUGAAGACUUAUGUAGACUGUUGUUUGCCCGUUAUUUCCUAUGGGUUCUUCUGGUCAGUCUAACCCUAAAAUGAAGGGUGUCCACAGGUAGAAUAGCACUGUGCUUGUGCAAGUUAGUUUUUCUCCAAAUAACCUGUGAUUGGCAGCAUAAAUACUAUUCAGUAAUUGUGUGGCCUGGGAGGAAAACCCCCUGACAUCAAGUGUAAGCACAUUGUAGGAAUUACUGGAAACAUCCUCUAAAUAAAAUUGUAAAUGUUUAUCAGGGGAAAAACGUGGUUUUGUUAUUGCUGGCAUCAUGUUGAUACCAUUAAUCCCUCAAAAAUAUUUCAAAUAUGGCGGAUUUAAUUCUGUACUUUCACUGUACAUGAAGGCUUGUAAAAUAUGGUCUUAUUCUUGGUCACUGAUGCUUUUAAAGCAUGUGGUCAUUUGUGUCAGUUUGGUCGUCUCUUAAUCGGUGUGGUCAGACUCAAACACACAACUUACAUUUUGGAAGCAUUCAGCAUCCAGUGGUGUCAGCAGGGACUGUCGUAGCAGCUGUUAAUGAGCACGCAUGACUGGAUUACUAUAGUAGGCUCAACCUCAGAUCCGCCCAUCCCUUUGUUCCCUUUUUUAUGAUGUGUAAACUUCUUUUUACUGAAAACAGCUAUGAGGCCCACCACCUAUGAUAUUUGAUACAGAAUAGAAAAGGGCUGACUGUCUUCUAAUAGGUUUCUCUCUUUUUUUUCAAGACUUCUCAUCUUCUAUCUAUAUGGGAGGAUUCACUUGUAGCUGGAUACCCAAAAUCUAUAGAUAUUAGUGAUGUUAAUUGGUGACAUUCAAUGGCCACAACCAAUUAUUAAAUGUCUUUGUGCUUUUGCACACCAAUGAUGCACAUUGUUUUGUACUGACCAUAAAUCUCCAAUCAUAAAAUGAACAAAUACAGAUGUCGUAUAAAGAAUUUUCGGGAGGUCAUAGACGCUUCGAUCUGUCCUCUAGGCUUUAUGUGUAUACUUGGCUUGCCUUCCUGAUAUAUGUAUUAGUCUUUAUUUUCUGUCACCAUGCAAUGCCUGUUUCUGUGACUACAGCGCAGCUAUAAAGCGCUUUGUACAAAAUAACUCAUAUUUCAACUAUGGCCAGUUCCUCUCUUCAUGACCUCAUUCAAAACCUGCCAUUCAUCACCAUUUUUUAUCUUCUUUUUUUUCCUCAAUCAACCAAAUCACUACAGUGAAGUAUUACAGUUGUACAGUUCCAUGAAUUAUACCAACUCUUAAUGUUGCUGGUCAUGGUUGCUCUGCUGUAUCUUUUUAUGACAUUAUUUUUUACAUUCUAGACAAUAUAUUGUGACUCUGUCCUAUGCAAAUAUGAGAAUUAACAAGAAUUUGUCAAAUAAUGUAUGUGUCAACUUGUAUGCAUGAAAUAGUGAAGUUUACAUUUGAAAAUAAAUGCAUAAAUAAUCAGCUUUA